AUGGAUGGCAAGCGGCGGCAAGCCCCAGGACCCGGUGUGCCCCCAAAGCGGGCCUGCGGCGGCCUCUGGGACGAGGACGACAUGCCUCGGCCGUCGCAGUUUGAGGAGGAGCUGGCGCUGAUGGAGGAGAUGGAGGCAGAGCGCAGGCUGCAGGAGCAGGAGGAGGAGGAGCUGCGGUCGGCCCUGGAGGGGGCUGCAGACGGGCAGUUCUCCCCAUCAGCCCUGGAUCCCCGCUGGCUUCGGCCUUCCCCACCUCACCUGGACCCCCAGAAGGAGCCCCUCAUCUUUCAGCAGUUGGAGAUCGACCAUUAUGUGGGCCCCGCGAGGCCCCUCCCUCUGCCUGGGACGCCCCCGGUCUCCCGCGGCUCCGUGCCGGUGCUCCGCGCCUUCGGGGUCACCGACGCUGGCGUGUCCGUCUGCUGCCACAUCCACGGCUUCGCGCCCUACUUCUACACCCCGGCGGUCCCCGGGUUUGGGGCCGAGCACCUGGCGGAGCUGCAGCAGGAGCUGAAUGCGGCCAUCAGCCGGGACCAGCGCGGGGGCAAGGAGCUCUCGGGGCCCGCUGUGUGUGCGCGCAUCUUCCCGGAGCCGGAGCGGGACCCCGUCAUCCAGAUCUGCUCCCUGGGCCUGCGCUGGGGCGAGCCGGAGCCCUUCCUGCGCCUGGCGCUCACGCUGAAGCCCUGCGCCCCCAUCCUGGGCGCCAAGGUGCAGAGCUACGAGUGUGAGGAGGACCUGCUGCAGGCCUGGUCCACCUUCAUCUGCACCAUGGACCCUGAUGUGAUCACAGGCUACAACAUCCAGAACUUUGAUCUUCCGUACCUCAUCUCCCGGGCCCAGACCCUCAAGGUGCACAAGUUCCCCUUCCUGGGCCGUGUCUCCGGGCUCCGCUCCACCAUCCGCGACUCGUCCUUCCAGUCCAAGCAGACCGGCCGGCGGGACAGCAAGGUGCUGCUGCGGGAACACAAGCUGCGCUCCUACACACUCAACGCCGUGAGCUUCCACUUCCUGGGGGAGCAGAAGGAGGACGUGCAGCACAGCAUCAUCACCGACCUGCAGAACGGGAACGAGCAGACGCGCCGCCGCCUGGCCGUGUACUGCCUCAAGGACGCCUUCCUGCCGCUGCGGCUGCUCGAGCGGCUCAUGGUCUUGGUCAACGCCGUGGAGAUGGCGCGUGUCACCGGCGUGCCCCUCAGCUACCUGCUCAGCCGAGGCCAGCAGGUCAAGGUUGUGUCCCAGCUGCUCCGGCAGGCCAUGCGCCAGGGGCUGGUGAUGCCCGUGGUGAAGACGGAGGGCGGUGAAGACUACACGGGGGCCACAGUCAUCGAGCCGCUCAAAGGGUACUACGACGUGCCCAUCGCCACCCUGGACUUCUCCUCGCUGUACCCGUCCAUCAUGAUGGCCCACAACCUCUGCUACACCACUCUGCUGCGGCCUGGCGCUGCCCAGAAGCUGGGCCUGACCUCGGAGCAGUUCAUCAAGACGCCCACGGGGGACGAGUUUGUGAAGACCUCUGUGCGCAAGGGGCUGCUACCGCAGAUCCUGGAGAACCUGCUCAGCGCCCGGAAGAGGGCCAAGGCCGAGCUCGCCAAGGAGACGGACCCCCUGCGCCGGCAGGUUUUGGACGGGCGGCAGCUGGCGCUGAAGGUGAGCGCCAAUUCCGUGUAUGGUUUCACCGGCGCUCAGGUGGGCAAGCUGCCGUGCCUGGAGAUCUCACAGAGCGUCACCGGCUUUGGGCGCCAGAUGAUCGAGAAAACAAAGCAGCUGGUGGAGUCCAAGUACACGGUGGAGAAUGGCUACAGCGCUACUGCCAAGGUGGUAUACGGGGACACGGACUCUGUCAUGUGCCGUUUUGGCGUCUCCUCAGUGGCCGAGGCCAUGGCCCUGGGGCGGGAGGCCGCCGACUGGGUAUCAAGCCACUUCCCCCCACCCAUCAGGCUGGAGUUUGAGAAGGUCUACUUCCCCUACCUGCUCAUCAGCAAGAAGCGCUACGCGGGCCUGCUCUUCUCCUCCCGCCCCGACGCCCACGACCGCAUGGACUGCAAGGGCCUGGAGGCCGUGCGCAGGGACAACUGCCCUCUCGUGGCCAACCUCGUCACCGCCUCGCUGCGUCGACUGCUCAUCGACCGGGACCCUGCCAGCGCAGUGGCCCACGCACAGGACGUCAUCUCAGACCUGCUGUGCAACCGUAUUGACAUCUCGCAGCUGGUCAUCACCAAGGAGCUGACCCGUGCAGCCGCCGACUACGCCGGCAAGCAGGCCCACGUGGAGCUGGCCGAGAGGAUGAGGAAACGGGACCCCGGCAGCGCGCCCAGCCUGGGUGACCGUGUCCCCUAUGUGAUCAUCGGGGCCGCCAAGGGCGUGGCUGCCUACAUGAAGUCGGAGGACCCGCUCUUCGUGCUCGAGCACAGCCUGCCCAUCGACACGCAGUACUACCUGGAGCAGCAGCUGGCCAAGCCGCUCCUGCGCAUAUUCGAGCCCAUCCUGGGCGAGGGCCGCGCCGAGGCCGUGCUGCUGCGGGGCGAGCACACGCGCUGCAAGACCGUGCUCACGGGCAAGGUGGGCGGCCUGCUGGCCUUCACCACUCGCCGCAGCUGCUGCAUCGGCUGCCGCACCGUGCUCAGUCACCAGGGAGCCGUGUGCAAGUUCUGCCGGCCGCGGGAGUCGGAGCUGUAUCAGAAGGAGGUGUGGCACCUCAACGCCCUGGAGGAGCGCUUCUCCCGCCUGUGGACACAGUGCCAGCGCUGCCAGGGCAGCCUGCACGAGGACGUCAUCUGUACCAGCCGGGACUGCCCCAUCUUCUACAUGCGCAAGAAGGUGCGCAAGGACCUGGGGGAUCAGGAGCGGCUGCUGCAGCGCUUCGGGCCGCCGGGCCCCGAGGCCUGGUGA